UACUGCCUCGUAGUUGUGGGGUCCUCAAUGGUACCGGUGUCCCAGCUGAAGCAUGCCGACUGUCAAUGUGAAGAGAGAUGUGCUGUACAAGGCCCUGGGCCGCUCCUAUACUGAUGAAGAGUUUGAUGAGCUCUGCUUUGAGUUUGGUCUUGAAUUAGAUGAAAUUACAUCAGAGAAAGAGAUCAUCAGUAAAGAAAAAGGGGAUGGAAAAGCUGAUGGAGCAUCGGAUGUUAUUCUCUUUAAGAUUGAUGUACCCGCCAACCGCUAUGACCUCCUGUGUCUUGAAGGCCUGGUGCGUGGGCUGCAGGUCUUCAAAGAAAGGAUAGAUGCACCUAGAUAUAAAAGGAUCACACCAGCUGAUAACCAACUACAAAGACUUUUUAUUACAGAGGAGACUGCUGCAGUACGUCCCUAUGCAGUGGCUGCAGUGCUUCGCAACAUAACCUUCACCCAGGACCGAUAUGAGAACUUCAUUGAUCUGCAAGAAAAACUUCACCAGAACAUAUGCAGAAAAAGAGCGCUGGUCGCAAUUGGAACUCAUGAUCUAGACACAAUAAAGGGACCUUUUAUUUACACUGCUAAGCCGCCAGCAAGUAUCAAAUUUCGACCACUGAACCAAAACAAAGAAUACACUGCUCCAGAGCUUAUGGAAUUGUACAGAACUGACAGCCACCUGAAACAUUUUCUGCACAUCAUUGAAGAUAAACCAGUUUACCCCGUGAUAUAUGAUAGUGAUGAGAUUCUACUCUCCAUGCCGCCAAUUAUCAAUGGGGAUCACACAAAAAUCAGCUUGAAUACUCAUAAUGUCUUCAUAGAAUGCACUGCCACAGAUCUGACAAAGGCUAAAAUAGUCCUGGAUAUUAUGGUCACCAUGUUCAGUGAAUUCUGCGAUGAGCCCUUCACUGCUGAAGCUGCUGAGGUUAUUUAUCCAGAUGGAAAAAGCUAUUUCUAUCCGGAACUGCCAUACAGGAAAGAAACUAUUUCUGCUGAGAAGAUGAACAGUAAGAUUGGGAUCAGGGAGACACCAGCAAAUUUAGCCAAGUUACUCACCCGGAUGUGUUUGAAAUCACAUGUGUUAGAGGAUGGCGAUCAAUUAGAAAUUGAGAUUCCUCCAACAAGAGCGGACAUUAUUCAUGCCUGCGACAUUGUAGAAGAUGCAGCUGUAGCGUAUGGAUUCAAUAAUAUUCCAAUGACCAUCCCAAAAACAUACACCAUUGCUAACCAGUUUCCUUUAAAUAAGCUGACUGAAUUGCUGCGACAGGACUUGGCUGCAGCUGGGUUUACAGAAGCCCUGACUUUUGCCCUGUGCUCAGUGGAUGACAUCGCUGAUAAACUAGGUGUUUCUGUCUCCUCCACCAAAGCAGUCCACAUUGCAAAUCCCAAAACCGCAGAGUUUCAGGUGGCACGUACAACCUUACUCCCAGGCUUACUGAAAACCAUUGCUGCAAAUCGCAAAAUGCCGCUCCCUUUGAAACUGUUUGAGAUCUCAGAUGUGAUAACGAAGGACCCCUCUAAAGAUGUUGGAGCCCGUAAUCACCGACACCUAUGUGCUGUGUACUACAAUAAGAACCCUGGCUUUGAGGUGAUACAUGGCCUUCUGGAUCGGAUAAUGCAAUUAUUGGCUGUGUGUCCCAGCACGGAGAAAGGAUACCAUAUCAAGGCUGCAGAAGAUCCAGCUUUUUUUCCUGGACGCUGUGCAGAAAUAGUGGCUGAUGGCAAGAGCAUUGGAAAACUGGGCGUCUUACACCCUGAUGUCAUCACGAAGUUCGAUCUAACGCUACCCUGCUCGGCUCUAGAAAUAAAUGUGGAGCCUUUCCUGUGAUCUCAUUUCAACAGCAGAAGGUCCUUUAUUUAGAGACUCAUCCCCAGUCCUCUAUAGUGUAUCUAUUGGCAUUCAGCAGUGGCUUUGGAAGGGCCCAGUCCAUCACACUACCAAAUAUUGACUAUCUCACACUAUAGAAAUUAUUUUAUUUAACUCAUUCAUUCAGCUGAAUAAAAUGAUUUGCUACUGUGGUUGAGUUAUGGUGUGCAUUAGUAACUAUUUGGAAAAGAGAAAAAGCCUACAUAAUACUAGACAUGGCAUUAAAUGUUGUCGUCAUGCACUGUAGACUGAGGAGAUUACUUUGGGCUGAUUGUAUAAUGUUUCCAUAUGCAGAUAUAUCACUAAAUACAAGUGAAGGAGGGAGAUCACCAUACACAACUGUACUUUUAGGAUUUCAGUGACACAAGCAGGUGAGGGUCUUGUCCCCUUUUCUAUGGCAAAAAUAUGCUACUAGUUACAGUCAACAACAUCUGUGUGUAAGAACUAGAAGUGCCUGUGACCCAUAUGGCCCAAUGGUCACAAGCUGGAAUGUGUUACAACUUUUGUACUGUAUGUAUGUGGCCACUCUGGCAUCCAACCUUGCAGAUUAUUCUAGCCGUACUAAUACUUUUUUGAGACUUUGAAGUAUUUGAAAUCUGCCUAUUCUCUAAAUUGUUACCAGGUUCUUUUUUUAUCAGCUAUAGAUAAUACAAUCUUUUGUUAUGAAGUUUUUUGGGCAGUUGUGCAGAAAAAUUGUGAAUUUUCUCUCAAGGCCAAUUGCUACUUGUAAAAACAAUUCUGUGCUUGAAUAAAGAAGACUUUCUAUCAUGCUGGAAGAUUUCUAACA